AUGGUAGCUCCCGACUCCGUACGGGACCUCCCAUGGCUCAUCUGGGCCGUAGCCAUCUUCGGCUCCCUCUCCUCCGCCGGGUUUGGGUUUGACCAGGCCUGGUGGGCGAGCAUUAUGAGCACACGGCAGUUUGCCAGCCGGUUCGGAUCCUACAACCACGCUCAAGAGAGCUGGGCGCUCAGCGAGCGACAGCAAUCCUUGGGCACGGGGCUGGGGUACGCAGGUGUCAUCCUCGGGCUUCUGUGUGCCACCCCCCUGAACGAACGGUUCGGCCGCAAGAGAAGCCUGUGGAUCCAAUCGGCGGUGGUGUGCGUCGGAGUCAUCAUCGAGUCGACCUGCCAGACGAGCUACGCCCAGUUCCUCGUAGGCAAAGCAAUCGUCUACUUCGGCGGCGGCAUUGCCUCCAAUGUCAUCCCCGUCUACCAGGGCGAGUGCGCGCCCCAGAACCUCCGUGGAGUGAUGGCGGGCACGUACAACGUCUUCCUCAUGGUCGGCGGGCUAGUGGCCGCGCUCAUCGUCUACCUGUGCCGCCAUAUAACCACCGACUGGGCGUGGCGCGGGGUCGUCGUGGCGCAGAUCGCUAUCCCCGUCCUCAACUGGCUCAGCCUGCCGAUUCUUCCCGAGUCCCCCUACUGGCUGAUGCAACGCGGACGUCUCGAGGAGGCGGCAGCCAGUCUCGCUCGGCUGCGCGCCAUCUCCCUGGCGGAUGCCCAGGCCGAGAUCGCCCAGCUCGAACAGCAACAUCAAGUGCAAAACCAGCUGCGGCAGCAGGAACAAGACCAAUCCGCAUCCUGGUCAUCCUGCUUCACCGACCCGAUCAACCGUCGGCGUACCAUCAUCUGUGUGGGCGCGCAAGUUUUCCAACAGGCCCAGGGGAUCUCCUUCGUUGCCAACUACCAAGCCAUCUUCCUGCAACAGAUCGGCUUCCGCCAGGUGCUUCUGAUGUCGGUCAUCGUCUACGUCAUCGGAAUUGCCGGUAACCUCACGGGGGUGGCCAUCACCGAUCGUCUGGGCCGCCGGCUCGUGCUGCUGGUGUCGGCCGCUCUGCUCAGUGCCUGUAUGCUCACGAUCGGCGGGCUGACCGCCACUCCCACCAACAAUUAUGCGGUACAGGUCGCUGCCGUCGUGAUGCUCAUGCUGUGGUUCUUCACCUUCCAGAGCACCUGGGGCCCACUGGCGUGGGUGCUGACGGCCGAGGUGCCCCCCGCCGCCGCGGUGCGCGAGAAGAUGGUCACCCUGGCCGGGUUCUCGGCGUACGGCACGGGACUUGUGAUUGUGUUUGUCAAUCCGUACACGCAGGCAGCCAUUGGGGGCAGUGUGGCGUUUAUUUACGGAGGAUUCUCGGUGGUGGCGACUGUUUUUGUGUGGUUCAUAGUGCCCGAGUUGAAGCAACGGUCGCUGGAGGAAAUCGAUGAGAUGUUUGUGGAGCGAGUGUCAGCUAGAGGUUUUGCGACGUAUCGGUGUCAGAGGGAGAUCUUAGCGGAGGGUCUGGAAGGGAAGGUGGGAAUGGUAGAAGAACAAGAAGAAUGUGUUGAGAAGGUUUGAUCGAUGUGGAAGGUGAGAGGUUGUCUGUCCGUCUAUGUGUGUUUGUUUGUCUGUGUUCAUUGCGGUG